AUGUCUAACACCUGUAGUGAAUGUGAAAGGCCAGUGAAGCCCGCAGAAAAGCUCAUAUGCACUCGUUGCGAUUCACUAUUCCAUUUCCUUUGUGUCAAUGUGACUGCAGCAGUCUACAAGAAAACAAACAAAACGAACUGGACAUACGAAAACUGCACCAAGCAACCAAAUCACGACCGCACAGGCACACCUAAAAAAGCAUUUGAGAAUACAGACUUCUCAGCCAUGAUCAGAAAUGAGGUAAGGGAAGCCCUGCGCGCUGAGCUACCAAUAAUUCUGCGCCAACAUCUUGAAGCAGAGCUAACACCUAUUAAAGAAGAGCUGAAAAAGUUGCAAGAUUCUGUUUCAUUCAUGAGCAACCAAUACGAUGAUAUUCACCCCACCAUGACGACCUUAAAUAAUGAUAUAAAAACUUUAAACAGUGAGCGCAACGAGCUUCUUUCAACGAUUACUGGCCUUACAGACCGUCUCAACCAAAUAGAACAGCAUAUGAGAGAUUGCAAUGUAGAAAUACAAGGAAUACCCGAGGACAAGAAUGAGAACCUAGUAAACACAAUACAACACAUCGCAGAGGUAGUCUCCUGCAGCAUGUCGGACGUCGAUAUCCUUCACUGCACCAGAGUCGCCAGUCAAAAUAAGGAAAACAAGAAGCCCCGUACUAUCAUCGCUAAACUACGCAGCACACGCUGCCGCGACGAGUUACUGUCGGCUGUCGGGCGCUUCAACAAGACCAAGGCCAGGGACCAGAAGCUCAACUCGUCAGUACUGGGCAUCGGGGGUCCCGCCGUGCCUAUCUACGUGUCCGAGCAUCUGUCCCCGGUGAAUAAGACUCUUCAUUGGGCUGCGAGGAAGAAAGCUACGGAACUCUCUUACAAAUACGUCUGGGUCAGAAACGGAUCAGUAUUUAUGCGUAAAGACGAUAACUCAAGAUAUAUAAUCGUCAAAACCCAACAGACACUGGAUUCUCUUCAGUAA